GAGCCGAGCAUCCCUGCCCCGCUCGGCCCGAAAGGAUGGGAGGAAGCUGCCCCGGGGGGAGCGUCCCAGCAGCCCCGUCCCCAAAGGCGCCUCCUCUCUCCGUCUCUUCCACUCUCUGGUGCCCUUUGGCUGGGGCAGGAUGGGGGAACCGAGACCCAAAAACCGCUAAGGAAGAGUAGUGGGCGGGCUCCCUCUAAUGGCCCUGCCCCCUUCCCUCCCCAAAGGGGUGCUGCCGCUCUUAAAGGGGCCGGCUCAAGCCGUCUGCUUCUCAUUCAUUGUCUUGACAGGAGCAUCCUUAGCCGGGCGGGUGGUGUCUCCCUGGCUCCAGCUCCAGCUCCUUCCUCCUCGUCAGGCCUGGCCUCCCUGCAUCUCACCGGGCAUCAGGAUGAGCCGACAGGUGGUUCGAAGCAGCAAGUUCCGACACGUAUUUGGACAACCAGCCAAGGCUGACCAGUGUUAUGAGGACGUUAGAGUCUCCCAGACCACUUGGGACAGUGGUUUCUGUGCUGUCAACCCCAAGUUUAUGGCCUUGAUCUGUGAAGCCAGUGGGGGUGGGGCCUUCCUGGUGCUGCCCCUGACCAAGACGGGCCGGGUGGACAAGAACGUGCCCACAGUGUGUGGGCACACAGCUCCUGUCCUGGAUAUCGCCUGGUGUCCCCACAAUGACAACGUCAUCGCCAGUGGCUCUGAGGACUGCAUGGUCAUGGUAUGGGAGAUCCCUGAUGGGGGCCUGACCCUGCCUCUCCGCGAGCCAGUGGUCACACUAGAGGGGCACACCAAGCGAGUGGGCAUCGUGGCUUGGCACCCAACUGCCCAAAAUGUGCUGCUCAGUGCAGGCUGUGACAAUGUCAUCCUAGUGUGGGAUGUGGGGACUGGAACUGCUGUGCUAACCCUGGGCCCAGAUGUGCACCCAGAUACCAUCUACAGUGUGGAAUGGAACCGAGAUGGGGCACUGCUAUGCACCUCCUGCCGGGACAAGCGGGUCCGGAUCAUUGACCCCCGAAAAGGGACAGUUAUAGCUGAGAAAGAGCGUCCUCAUGAAGGGACUCGGCCAGUUCGGGCUGUGUUUGUAUCAGAGGGGAAGAUUCUUACCACAGGCUUCAGCCGAAUGAGUGAAAGGCAGGUGGCCUUGUGGGAUAUGCAGAAGCUUGAGGAACCUCUGUCCCUGCAAGAACUGGACACAAGUAGCGGGGUCCUACUUCCCUUCUUUGAUCCUGACACCAACAUCGUCUACCUUUGUGGCAAGGGGGACAGCUCCAUCCGUUAUUUUGAGAUAACAGCAGAGGCCCCAUUCCUGCACUACCUGUCCAUGUUCAGUUCUAAGGAGUCCCAGCGAGGGAUGGGCUACAUGCCCAAGCGAGGCUUGGAGGUCAACAAAUGUGAGAUUGCCAGAUUCUACAAGUUACAUGAGCGAAAGUGUGAACCCAUUGCUAUGACUGUGCCUAGAAAGUCAGACCUUUUCCAAGAGGACCUGUACCCACCCACAGCUGGACCAGAUCCUGCACUCACAGCUGAAGAAUGGCUGGGGGGCAAGAAUGCAGGGCCCCUACUUGUGUCCCUUAAGGAUGGUUAUGUGCCCCCCAAAAGCCGGGAACUGAGAAUCAACAGGGGGCUGGACAGUGGGCGAAAGCGUGGCACUGUAGAAUCCAGUGCAGCUCCUAGCUCGGAGGCAAUGGCACGGCUGGAGGAAGAGCUUCGGCAAUUACGGACCACAGUGCAAGAGCAACAAAAACGCCUGGAUGAACUGGAGAAGAUCAUAGGGAAGUAGUUUGGCCCCAAGACCUGAGACCUAGCUGGGUCCUGCCCCAUGGGCAGAAGUUACUUGUCAAAUUAAGCCUGUGAGAGUACUUCCCUACCCCCCUCCCAUGUCUCCAUACCUAAUGGGAUGGUGUGGACCUUACAAGCAAAGAAAAAUAAAAUGGUUUUAUUUUCUGAUA